ACCUUAUGCAAUACCCCUACAUUUGAAUAGGUACUUACGUGUAGGUACCUAAGGCAUAUUCUUUUCCAUCUCACAAUUUAUUACCUAGGUACGUUAGGUACACACAUGUCUUCAUGAACCAAGCGUUAGAGAUGAUAUUCACAUCAUGUCCGAAUACUGGAAAUCAACUCCUAAAUACUGGUGUAAGCAUUGUAGCACCUACGUACGCGAUACCAAACUCGAGCGUCAAAAUCACGAAGCUACCGCCAAGCACCAAGGCUCCUUAAAGCGUUUCCUAAGAGACCUACACCGAAAUCACGAACAAGAGCAACGAGAGAAAGAUCGCGCCAAGCGGGAGGUCGAGAGACUUAAUGGCGUAGUCGGUUCCGCCUCUUCGGAUCAUCACCAUGCAGCGAGCACUAGUAGAACAUCAGCUUCAGCCUCGUCGCAAGCGCAAACACAAGCCGCCGGUUCGCAACGUCAACAGCAAUGGGAGCAACUGGCCGAGAUGGGCAUUGAUGUGCCAACCGAACUAAGGGGAGAGAUGGCCAUGGCCAGCGAAUGGACCGUUACUAGCAAGAGGGUUAUCGAUGAUACACCCAAGGCCGAAGACGAAUCAGAUGCCAAACCUCAGAACGUCGAUGCCAUCGCGUCUGGCGUACGGAAGCGACCGAAACAUGAAAGUGGGGUAGACGAGGAAGAAGAGGAGAAUGCAAUCAAGAGUUUAUUCAAGAAGCCUAGGAAAUGGGGUCGCGAUACAAAACAGGCUCCGGAGGACGACGCAGAGCUAGACGCCCUGCUCAGCGGUGCCCUAGCGAAACCACCCAAGCUCGAGGAUAAUCCUCAGGAUUCUAUUGAUGAAAAAGCCGACUUACCGAGCGAGACGAAAGAAAACCCAACAUCUGAUAUAAAAAAGGAGGAAACGACCGACGACCAAGCCCUAUGGUCUAUCAAACUAGAGUCCCAAGAGAAUCAUCAAGAUGCGCCCGUCAAGCAAGAAGGGAAUGCGGAGAGCGACCCACCCACUGUGGUUUUUAAGAAGCGAAAGCCUAAGAACAUUCGUCAGAGAUGAGCCCCGUCUGACGGGAUUCUAUUCUAGUAUUAGUGAUCUCUCUAGGUCCUACUUGAGGUAGCCUAAGCGUCGCAAAGCUGGUCGCUUGGCUUCCUAUUCUUAUAUCUACACGGAGCGUGUACUACUAUUCGCAUCGUGGUGUGGGGAGUCCGGAUCUCGUAACCAGCAUCGAAAAGCUAUAGGCAUACUAUCUACUCAGUAGAUCGGUU